UAUGCAGCACCCCCCCGAAACUCUACCUAUUGUGAUGUUAGUGUGACGUUUGCCCACAUCACGACUCCAUUUCAGUUCAAAUAAUAUUAUAACAUUAUACUGUUUUGGUUUGGGGAAAUAUUUUAUAUAAGAUAUAGGAUGUAUUUGUUUCAUAUGAUAUAAUAUAAUAUAACAACACAACAAUUAUGAUGGUGGUGGUAGAGGUGGUGGUCAUUGUUGAUUUUGUUUUUUUCCCUGCCGGCACAUGGGUUGGGCUUGUUCAGAAGGGCAUUAAAAAAACACACACACGCACACAACACACACACACCCACACCCAGUCAGAGGGAGGAGGCGGAUCAAGACUCCAGGACUUCCUCAGUGGAACGUAGCACUCAGCGCAAUCAUGGAUGAUUCUGCUCCAUGUCCUGGUCGCUCUAUGUUUGGGUGGUUGGUGGGAGCAUCACAGGUUCUGGGUCUGGCAUCUGUGGUGCUGACCGGUGUGUGGAUGGGUCAUUACCAUGGGGGCUUCGCUUGGGAUGGCUCAGCGCAGGAGUUCAACCUGCACCCUCUUUGCAUGGUGCUGGGGAUGGUCUUCCUGCAAGGCGACGCCAUUCUGGUCUACAGAGUAUUUCGCAAUGAGGCGAAGAGAAAUGUAAAGAUUCUUCAUGGCAUCAUUCACCUGCUUGCUCUUAUCAUCAGCAUCAUAGGUUUUGUAGCUGUGUUUGAUUUCCACAGAGCAGCAAAGAUUCCAGACAUGUACUCUCUUCACAGCUGGUGUGGCAUGGCCACCUUAGUCCUGUUCUGCUUGCAGUGGGUGAUGGGUUUGCUGUUCUUCCUGUUUCCGGUUGCGUCGUUAUGGUUACGUGCCGCGUACCUCCCCAUCCACAUGUUCUGUGGUCUGGUUCUGGUAGUUAUGGCCAUAGGGAGCAGUCUGCUUGGCAUCACAGAGAAACUCCUCUUCAGCAUCAUGCCAACGUACCCUCUGUUUGCCCCAGAGGGGAUGCUGGCCAACAGUUUGGGGAUCCUGCUGGUGGGUUUUGGGGUGCUGCUCUGCUACCUGGUCUCCAAGGAAGAGUUCAGACGUCCACCUAACCCAGAGGAAGAGUCCCUAUCUGUGCACUUCAAGACUCUGACAGAGGGGGGGUCACCCACCACGCCCUGAUCUCUGGGUCUGACAUCUGACGCCUACAACGUAUAGUUUAUGUGAAGUCAAUAAAAAUAUGGACAGGAAGCCUUAAUAAUGGUCUCUCCUGAUCUUGCGUAUUACUUAACGAAUCCAUCAACUUUCAUCCAAAAAGUAUUUGUUUCUUUUAUUAGGAUUAGUAUAGUAAAAACCUAUAGUACAUGUAGCAGGCAGACUAAUCACGGUUCCUGUUGUCUUCACUUGGCAUCUCCAUAGCUGCUGUCGUCUCAACAUGUGGACGCAAGGGGCAAUGUCACUUUGUACCUGCAGCGGUUAACUGCCUAAGGCAAAAGUAAUCGAACUCCUACAAUACCAAUGGCUUCCCACACAGUUCUGCGCUGUUGUUAAGCUGAGGCCCAAACCCAGCCCACACUAAUUUCUUUAACAAUUGUCUUGACUGAGUGCGCCUGGUAAUGCCAAAUGACUGUUUGCCAGGUGAAAGCAAGCAGUGGCUACACUCUGUCUAUUUCUCUCCCCCUACUGGCACUAAGAGAGAACAUUUCUCAGUAAAUUACGCUUGAAAACAUUGUCACUCUAACCUGAAUAGAGACCAAAGAAAGGGUUAAAACCUAAACCGAAGCUGAUACACUGUCUGGAGCUAUCAGAACUCUCUGCUACCUGAGUCUACCACUACUCUAAUAGUCCUGCAUCCUGACCAGAGUUUGGCACAAGAGAUUCCUGAUCCUUAGUUUACUGAACUCUGCUUUGGUUUGUCCACUUCAGUUUAGUGUGUAACAGUGACAAAUAAUUUGGAUGCAACAGUAUGAAUUCUUGACAAUUCCUGGUCCACUAUGUCCUGCUAGCAACAAAUCUGUUGCUUUGAUGUGUUUGGCUGCUUGUUAAAGAUAUAAAAUUCAUUCCCCUCAAUGUGUUGAUGCAAAUUCUAAAAAGUGUAGCUGUUUAUGGCUUUUUGACUUGACUUCAGGAAUCAGCCCUUGUGCCUAGAGCAAAGCUUUUAUAGAGCGUUGGCCAGUCUCCAAUAGUGGAUGUUGUCUUUAUGUAAGGUCUUGAUACAUAAUGUCUUGAUAUUGUCAUUUUUUAAUAGGAAAUUACAUUAGGAAUGUCUAUUUAUUUUACCUCAAUAUUGUAUUACACAGUAAAUUGAAUAUGUGCCUUCAGAAGUGUGCGAUUGCUGAGAAUCACUGUAUUUGGCAGCAGCUGAUAACACUACUCAAAUACGACUAGAAUCGGUUCUACACAACCUUAAUUUUUACUUAAUUGAACAGAAGUAUUUCCAUUUUUGCAUUUCAUUCUAUACAGCUACAUCACAAUGGGAAACACUUUACUCUUACUUUAUGUAUCUGAAAGCUUUACUGGUGGCUUCACAGCAUUUUUAGCAUUUUCUGCCAGCCUCCUACAGUAAAAUGUCCAGGGCAACUGACUCGGAUAUUUGCAUUCUCAAAUACAGCUCCUUGGAAAAAUAUCUGGCCUUCAGAGCAUGUCUCCUGGGAUAUACUCUCAUAUACACUCAAUGAUAACCUGUAGACUUGUCAUAUUGUCAUUGUAAAAUCUCAAAAUAAAGUGUGUGUGUGCGUGAAACAGUG